AUCAGAAAUAAUGGAUUUAGAUAACAUUUUAUCUUGUGACGAUUUUCUAUUGGCGAAUACAUCUAGUAGUAUUCAAACUGGUGUAGAUUAUCCCUGUGCUAAGUUUCUUAAGGAAUCUCAAGCUAAAGUUAAAUCUCCUUUACAAAAUGCACCAGUAAAAUGUGAACCACCACCGGAACAUUAUAUGUUUAGCAGUUCGUCUUCGUCAAUGUCAAGCGGCUUGAUGUCACACGAUGUUCGUUCGACAAAGGAACCUCUAAUAAAGGCACCAAAUAUUGAUUAUGAAGUUGCUGUAGCCAAAUCGAUAAUGCAACAAUAUAGCAACAUAAGUGGAGAUAAUUUAUUUGAUCAUCUCUCCGAUAUUAUAAAACGUGUUAUAGACGAACGUCCUCCUAAUGUAAUUGAUUUUUUCGAAGAGUUUAGUCGUAGUGUUCGUGAGCAAAAGUUUCACUUACCAGAACGUUUUCCACCAGAUGCGGUUUAUGAAGAGAAUCGUAUGUACAAGGUGGCCAAAAAACAACUGAUAUCUAUGAAACUGCCCUAUCCAAACGAUUUAACGAUUCAGAAUGCAGCUGAAGAUGAUUUAGAAGAGGAACGUACAAAAAACAAUGAUUUUAAGUUGGAAUUAAAACAGGAUUAUUUGGACAAAUUUCACACCUUCAAUGAACGAGUACAGCAUUUACAAUUCUUUUGGAAUCAAUGUGGUUUCAGCAUCAGUUCUGAGGACAUUUUUCAAUUAGCAUGUUCAAUGAAUCGCUUAGAAACACAUCCUUCAAUAAUGCAAUGUCGUUUUUGGGGCCAGGUCAAUGGUUUAAAAGCUUCCUACUAUGUGGUGGAAGCAACUUUAUCCAAUGAGGAAUAUGAAUCACGUUUACAGCAAAUGGAGAAGGAAAUGCAAGAAAAUCAUGCGCAAGCAAAUAGGGAGAGUGCUUCAAAUCAAAAUCAAUUUUCACACAUUGGUCCCGAGCUAACUCCUGGUGCUAUUGGCUGGGAAAAUCAUGCAGAGGAAGAUUUAUUUAAAAUGAAAACUAAUGAAUUGCCAGUACCUUUGGUGAAAGAUGUGGAAGUCUUUGAUAUACCACCGGAACCUAUUGGUAAAGGUGUAAAUCGUUAUUCUUACUUUGUUGUCAACUCCUUGUCGGAUGAAUGGAUUGAACUGCCAAUUGUAACACCAAAACAGAUUUCACUAUCAAGGCAAAUUAAAAAAUUUUUAACCGGUGAUUUGGAGGCAGAUAUUGUUUCAUAUCCUUGCUUUUGUGGCAAGGAAAAACACUAUUUAAGAGCAAUGAUUGCUCGUAUAACGGCUGGCACUUAUAUAGCACCAAAGAAUUAUUAUCGUAAAAUGACUAAAAAGGAGAGGCGUAUAUUUGAAGGUGGCGAGGAUGAUGAAGCUGAAGACGAGGAAGAAGAAGAGGAGGAAGAGUCCCGAAUGGGAGAUGAAGAAGGAGAACCGGAUAACGAUAUUGUUUUAUUGAAAAACGAAAAGUACGAUUCCUCCAUCCAACUCACCACGUUAAAUAAUACCGAAAAAUGGGUUCAUAUACGACCAAAUAUUCUACUACAAGGGCGAAUAGUCUGGUAUAAUGAAGAAAAGGCACAACGAGAAAGAGAAAAUGAACGCAAACGUUUAGAAAAAAUGCGUUUACAAGAAGAAAUGGCCGAAGAUGAAAGCGGCCGCGAAGAAGACAACGAGGAAGAUGAAGAUGAGGGCGAAGAAGAGGAGUUGGAAGAAAAUGCUGAAAGAGGUCCACGAAUAUUAACUUCUUGCAGCCAAGACAUUAGCAGUGAAACUUCAGUGCCUUGGGUAGGACGAUUUACCAGCAAAUUUACUAAUCAAAAUGAAAGAAUCCUUAUAAUGAAAUCAAAUGUUUGGCCCGGAGCUUAUACCUUCAUCUAUAAAGAUCUGUGUGAGUCUAUAUAUUUGGGCUGGGGUCAUAAAUUAGUUUCGCGUAAUAUGUCUUGGAAACAUAUGACACCCAUUGCUGAAGAAUAUCAACAUCUGCCGGUAGAUUUUAUUGAAACCAUUGAUCCCAGUGUAGAAAUGGAAGAGGCUUAUCAAUUGAGUUUAUUAAAGAAAGAAUUCAAAUUUAAACAAAUAGAUGAUUAUGAGGAACAUGCAGCAUUAGAAUCAACUGAUGACCAAGAAGAUGAUGACGAUGAAGAUGAAGAGGAAGAAUAG